AGCCCGAGGACGCCAGCAUGAUCGUCGGAGCCUUCCGUGGUACUGAGCCGUUCCUUGCCAAGGACUGGUCGACCGACGUCGACUUUUCUUAUAUGAGCAUGAGCAAAAUGGAAAAAGCCCAUGUGGGCUUCAUGAAAGCUUUGGGCCUCCAAGAUGAGAAGGACUACCUAAAGGGAUGGCCCAAGGACUACCAAGGGGAGAAAGACAAGCCCCUGGCUUACUACAUCAUAAGGGAAAAACUCAAGUCAUUGCUUCAAAAGCAAAAGAAUGCUAAGAUAGUAAUCACAGGACAUAGCUUAGGUGCUGCACUCGCGGCUGUCUUUCCUUCUAUGCUGAUUUUACAUGAGGAGACUACCAUUUUGAAUAGCCUGUGGGGCAUCGUGACCUAUGGGCAGCCUAGGGUUGGAGAUGAGACCUUUGCUUCCUAUGUGGAAACAAACAUGCCUGUAAAGACGUGUUAUAGGGUGGUGUACAGGUAUGACGUGGUCCCUCGAGUGCCCUUUGAUAAUCCGGCCUUUAAAUACAAGCACUUUGGAUGGUGCAUCUACUUCAACGGCUGGUAUGCUGGAAAGGUGGUGAGGGAGGAGCCCAACAAGAACUACUUCAAUCCGAUAUACAUUGUAUCAAAGUACUACAAUGCAUGGUCAGAUCUGUUCAAGUCACUCUUCUUGGGCAGAACACAGGGUCCAGAUUUCAAGGAAAGUGGAAUGUCAUUUGGUUUCAGGUUGUUGGGGCUGAUAAUUCCAGGGCUUGCCUCUCACGGCCCAAGGGACUAUGUGAAUAGUACAAGGCUUGCGAAAAUAACCGUGUCUGAGAAGGAAAUGGUUUGAGAUGGAAGGGGCAUUACUGUCUUUUUAGUAUAAAGCCUGGUGGCUCUUGCAUGUUUCCCUUUCACUGCGGAAUAAAAUAUGCCGUUGUGCAUCUUGACUAUUAUAUAAUAUAAUACCAAAGUUACCCUUCUUUA